AUGACGUGCGAUUCAUAUGCGACGCAUAUGAGGACGCAUCUGUGUGGUCCAGUGAUAGCACGAGCUAGAACUAGACAAGUGAUACCUAUCGAUAUUCUAAACACUGAAUUAAAAGAAGGAUAUUUACCCUUGAUAAAAACAACUGAAGGAUUACUAUUGGGUGAAGGAAUAGUAACAAAUCGCGAUGGAGUUUGUCACAUUUAUGCCAUAAAUAUGACAAUUGAAGACGCAGAAAUUGAGAUACCGCCUCAAGAGUUAAUCCCUUUCGAAUGUUACAAAUUACCAGACGAAGAUAUUACUGAAGAAGAUAUAGAGAUACCAAAUCCUCCUAUUCAAAAACCUAGUAGAAGUCUGCUUCCUAGUUUGAAACUUCCAUCAGCAGCUACAAAAAACAUGCGUGGACCUAAAAGUGCACCUCCACAACUGUUACCCAAAAUUGUAAAUUUUUCAAGCCCAGAAAAAACAGUAGUAACGGUAAAACCACCAGUUAGUGAGAGCGAAAAAAGUUCUGAAGAAGAGGAAAACAAUAUGAUGAACCUAAGUAGAAAAGAAAUAGCUCAGGAUUUAAGAAACUCUAUAACCCGUUUUAAUAAAUCUUUAAAACAACAUGAAGAUUGGUUAAUGGACUCACCACAACCACCCAGAGAUUGGAUCGUACACUCUGACGGAAAUAAUGAUGAGACCAUUCAUAAAGCAGCUAAUGAAUUGAUUCCCGGAGAUCAUUCAGAAUUCUCACAAAAAUUUGAUUUAUAUUGGGAUUAUGCUAAAGGUGCAUCCAUAUGGGAAAAUAAUGAAAUAGAUAAUCCCGAUAGUGAAACUUCAAUCAAUGAAAUCACGAAACCAGAACAAUCAAUACAUCAAACUCCGCAGAAAAAUGAAAUAGACAGCUAUGUUAACACCUAUCACACUUCAUUGCACGAAACAGAUGUCGAUACAGAUGAUGAAGAUGAAGAAACCACAGAUGAUGAUAAUGAAGAUGAAAAAGAAGGAAACGAAGAAAAGGAAAACACCAAUGAAGAAGAAGAAAGUGAAGAGGAAGAAAAUACAGAUAACGAACCAAAAGAAUAUAAUUUUAAAUCGAAUUCUAUGAUAACAAUACCAAUAGAAAGUAUUCCUCCAAACUUACCCUCAAGUUAUUCUAAAAUUACAGAAAAACUUUCAAAUAUCACAAGCCAUAGAGAAAAUCUAAGUUACCAUCGAAAUAAUUAUGUACAUUUUCUAUCAGCCGAUUGUGAGCCCAAAGCUGGUUCGGAUUCCAACUGGUCGGAUUUACCCUCCUCUGAUCCGGAUAACCUAAGCGGCCACAUCGAAAGUGUCGAAACAAUUAAACGAUUUAAAGCACAAGAAAGUGCGCGAGUGAAUCCUAACGAUCCAAAAGACAAGAAAAGGUUACUUCAAAGGCCUACCACAUCAUUAGAGCGAACCGGAAGCCUAAAGGAAGGGUUAAAAUCUAAAGGAUCAAAAUCAGGAAUUCCUGCAAAAGCCGGAACAAAACAAAAGGUUAUUGACCCCACCCUCACCAAGAAACCAGCAGCGAAGGGAGGAUAUCUUGGACAACCAUCCACGAGUCAAGGACAACAACGGCAAAAAACUAUUUUAAAGAGACCCAGCAACCUGGAGGCUACAGUGCCUUCCCAACCUUCCACCUCACCUUCCCUUUCUCAACCCUCCACUUCCAGAGACAAAACCCUGGACGCAUAUACAGACGUCUACGUUGAUGGAGCAUGUUGCGAAAUGGCGGAUCCAGCCCGAGAGCCGGAGUCGGCGUUUGGUUUGGUAAAGAUCACCCUCUCAACGUCUCGCAACGAUAUAGAGGCAAGCAAACUAACAACGCCUCAGAAAUUGAAGCAGCAGCAACUAUUGCUGCUAAACAAAAUCGAAAGGUUUACGAAAGUUGAUAAGACUCUGAAACCUUUGGAUGUAGUCUGGAAACACGUCCCCGGUCAUGAAGGAAUUCCUGGAAACGAAAAUGCUGAUCAACUGGCAAGAGAAGGAACAUUAAAGGAUCCCGAACCUGAUUCAUCAUCAUCUUCUGACCAGCAACAGCAGCAGGAUGAAUCAAGUGAUCAGGAGGACCAACCCAAGGAUGAUCCUAUAACCGAAACUCAACAUCUUAUCCAGGGAGUGAAUGAAUCAUUAAUAAAUUCAACUCCUUCACAGGCGCAGGAGCAGGUGACUCUAAUCUCACAAACAACACCCUAUUCUGGGAUUAUGAAAGGAUUGGACCAUGCUUCCAGAAGACAGUGUGUUUCAGGGACUGGUGAGGAUGAUCAAGAGCAUUUGGACUACUUGAGGACCCAGGAUCCGUUGAUGAAUAUGACGAUGGACUUUCAAGAAGAGUAA